AUGACAAGUGCGAAAGAGAGCGAUGGAUUGUCAAAAGCAUUUUUGAAAAACAAAAACAUAAAGCUGAUAAAGGUACCAAAAUUUGUGUCAAAUAAAUGGCUAAAUUAUAAUCAUAAGGAUAUUGUGGGUUUAUUUGAACAAAAUAACAAUAGUGAAAUUUCCACGUUAUAUAUUCAGAAGGAUGAUAGUGAUAAAGUAAAAAAAUUAACAUGUAAUAAAAACAAUACGGUUAAUACUUAUAUAUUAAAACAAAAUAAAGUGUCGUUAAAACCAAGUAAGAGUACAAACCAGUCAAAUAGCAAUGCGAGUGAUACAACAUAUGAAAAUUCAAAUCAGAGCAAAGGUAAAAUUAAUAUAAAUAAUCCUGUAAAGGAAUCAACAGAGAGGAAUAAAGAAGUGGAUUAUGUUAUAUGUGCAGAUAUUAUAAAAAAUUGUGAACAUACUUAUUCCUUCUUACCAAUAUUAGAUGAGGAUUAUUCUUUAGUUUUAAAGGAAAGACAUUAUAACACGAAUGUAAAAAAAAAUAGGUUUACCAUUAUAGAAACAAGAAAUGAAGAAAAUAUAGAUUCUACACAAACAUUAUUUAAGUAUUAUACAACUGAUGAUAAUAUAAAGAAUGAAAAUAAUAAAGAUAAUAAAUAUCUUAAAAAUAAUAGUAGUACUACGACUAUCACUACUACUAGUAAUAAUAACAAAAGAAUGCUUUUCGAAAGUGACAACAACUUAGUUUCAUCUUCUGCGUCAAAGCAAAAAUUAAAACAAGCUAAAAAAAUGCAAGUUUUUGAUUUAGAUAAAACAAAAAUUAGUAUGUUUAAAAUAUUUGAAAAAGAGGGGAAAAAGGGGGUACCCUUUUCCAUUUUUACAAAAAGUUUUAAUAUUCCAUCAAAUUAUUUAAAAAAUAUAUUGGAAGAAAUAGCUGUGAAAAGAAAAAGGUUAUCAGAUAAAAAAUCGGUGUACUACUUGAAGGAUUACGUUAGUUAG